AUGGCUCCAUCGAUCCUGCCUGAGAGCUUCCUCUCCGGCCCAGCGCCCAACCUAAUCCGGACAGACAUCGACUUGAAGGAGAGCGGAAUUCUCACCGGUUACGAAGAUGUCUGGGCCGUGGUUCUUGAUGGCGUGCUGUCAGAAGAAGAAUGCGACACGCUGAUUGCUGCAGCUGAGUCAACGACGGAUGGCAAGUGGGAGCGUGCACUGGUCAACAUUGGAGGUGGCAUGCAGGCCAUGUACGAGGACACGAGGAAGUGCGGGCGCAUUAUAUGGGAUGACCGCGAUGUCGUGGCGAUGCUGUGGGCAAGAAUAGAGGGUGCAGUGCCGGAGAUUCACGAACUGAAAGAGUGGCCCAACGUGACAGGCAACGGACCAGCGAAGCGGAAGGAAACGUGGAAGUUGACCAGAUUGAACGAACGCAUGAGGUUCUUGAAGUAUGUGGGUGGAGAGUAUUUCAGACCGCACUGCGACGGCACGUAUGAGACACCAGACGGCAAAGAGCGCUCCUACUUCACCCUGCAUCUGUACCUCAACGACACAGAGGACAACAGAGACCAGGAACCACUCAAGGGCGGCGCCACCACUUUCCAUUCGUAUGACAUGCAGAAGCGCGUUGAUAUUGUACCCAAGUACGGCCGUGUGCUUCUGUUUCAGCACCGCUUCCUCCUCCACUCCGGCGACGACGUUGUAAGCGGGACAAAGUACACCCUGCGAACAGACAUCAUGUUCGCAAACGAAGCAGCGGAGGAAGCGGACUCUGUCGGGCGUCGAUGGGUCCACUGA